AUGGGAGACUAUGAUGAAGACACUGCGUUCCUCGGGCAGACUGGUCCUUAUUUCUGGACCACAUUCUUCCUCCUGAACACAGUUUUUGUCUCCACUGGAUUCAACGGACUUUACAUUGUCUUCGUUGGGGCAGCUCCGAAACACCACUGUCUCGUUCCGGACGUUAACUUAACCGAGGAGUGGAGAAACGCCAUCAUCCCCUUCACGGUAGUGGAUGGCGAGGAGGUGCAGAGCCAGUGCAGCAGGUACCGGCUGGACGUGGUGAGGAAUCUCUCCGCUGAGGGACAGAUUCCUGGGAGGGAUGUCAACCUCACGAGCCUGGAGCAGGAGGGAUGCUUGGAUGGAUGGAACUACAGCAAAGAGAUCUACCAAUCCAACAUAGUCACUGAGUGGGACCUUGUUUGUGACAACCAGUGGAAAGUUCCCUUCGCCUCCUCGACUCUCUUCGUGGGAUACCUUGUUGGGUCCCUGAUCUCAGGCCAGCUCUCUGACAGGUUUGGGAGGAAGAAGGUUGUCUUCAUGUCUCUUGCGGCCCAGUGUUUCUCAGUCCUGCUUCAGUCCUUCUCUCAGUCAUGGAGGAUGUUCUGCAUCAUGUUCCUCUUUGUUGGAGCCUCCCAGAUUUCCAUCUAUAUUUCUGCAUUUGUCUUAGGAACGGAGGUGUUAAGCAAGACCAUGCGAGUGAUCUUCACAACUCUUGGAUCCUUUCUUUUCUAUUGCAUUGGGUACAUGACACUACCCUGGAUCGCUUAUGGCAUCAGAGAAUGGAGGACUCUUCUCGCUGUUCUGUCCAUGACUGCUGUGGUCUACAUCCCAUUGUGGUGGUUCAUCCCAGAGUCUCCUCGGUGGCUGAUCACUCAGGGACGAGUGGAGGAGGCCGAGGCCAUAGUGAGAGAUGCUGCAAGGAAAAAUAAAGUUGAAGCGCCAUCAGUCAUUUUUAAAGGGUCUGAGGCAACGCUUCCGAGCAGGAAAUAUACCAUGCUUGAUAUUCUGAAAUCCAAGAACAUCAGAUGCAUCACUCUCAUGUGUCUCCUUUUGUGGAUGGCAAUAAACGUUGGGUAUUUUGGAUUGUCCCUGAACACCUCCAACCUGAGUGGUAACCCCUUCAUGAACUGUUUCCUGUCAGCAAUGACUGAGGUCCCAGCCUAUGUUGUUUCCACUUGGCUGCUGAGGAAAUGUCCCAGAAGAGCGCUACUGUCAUCGUUCCUCGUCAUUGGAGGAGGAGUUCUUCUUCUCAUCCAGAUCAUCCCUGAUUCGCUCCAGUAUAUUGCUCUAGGACUUGAAAUGACAGGGAAGUUUGGCUUCACCAUGGCCUUCAGCAUCGUCUACAUCUACACGGCUGAGAUUUACCCCACCGUACUCCGCAACGUCGGCAUGGGAAUGUGCUCCUCUGCUGCACGCAUUGGCAGCAUCACAGCUCCUUAUGUCAUCUAUUUAGGUACUUAUAAUAAGGUUCUGCCUUAUAUUCUCAUGGGAAGUCUCACAAUUGCCUCCUCUGUGGUGAACUUCUUCCUCCCAGAGACCCUCAACAGAGACCUUCCAGAAACAGUGGAGCAGAUGCAAGAAUGUCAGGGGUUGUGCAGUGGAGAGAAAAAGAGGAAAUAUGUCGAAAACAGAGGAAGUGGCGGCCCACCCAAACAAUGUGAGGCCAAGUGUGAUGUGCAGACUCUUACACCAUAGUCUCGUCGAGUUUCACUUUUAAGACAGACAGACAGACAGAAUGAAAGAACAUUUCAACUGCUUGAAAGUAAUAAAAUGAAAUCUGAGAAAAAAUCCGAAACAUGCACAGAGGGA